AUCCAAGACCUCCAUAUGCUCUAGAACCGUCAAAAAUCAUUCAUAAAAAUGCACAUGUAGAUGUGAAACGUGAUUUGAAUUGUUUGUGCAAAAUGAAAUUGACCAGCAAAAAACGAGAUCAUUCGAAAGUCAAUUGAGCAUUAUUUGUAGUGUUAUUGUUGUUGUUGUUUUUGUUUUUGUUUUAUUGGUUUGACCGAUUCGUUCAGUACACAAAACUCGAAAGCCGAAAUCAGAAAGAGAAAAAACAAAUUCUUGGACCAAAGAAUUUUUUCAGUUGUUGUUGUUGUUGUUGUUGUUCUUGGUGAAACAGAAUUAGAAGUGUUGCUGGUGAGUGUGUGUUAUGAAUCUAAAUUUCCACGGAAUUGUGAUUACAAAUAAAUUUUUGACAUCACUGAAAAUUCCAAUAAUAUUGCUCCGGUUCACAAUUAAGCGCGCACACACCAUUUCAUGGCAUACGUGUAGAUAGCCCGUUGUCACACAUACAAUGCCGCACCGCACACACCGUAUAUACAUACAGACCUACGGAGCGACGAGAAAGCAGACUAAAAAUCUACACGAUAUAUUUGAUAUCUGCGAUUUUUUUACUUUAAGUAGGAAAGUUGCCUUAGAGUAGAGCGGAAGAAACACGCUUGCUAGUAACAAAAAAAAAUAUAUUUGUGAAGUAACAGCACACAAAACACAUAACAAAAUAUUUUUAUAGAGAGAAAAGUAAAUCAAUCUUCUUUUUUUUAUUCUGUUAUACUAUUGGUGAUAGAAAAUCGAUCGAUUUUAGGCGAAAUAAACGCAUAAAACAAACAUUUAAUCAAUCGAACAAACACGAACCAACGAACCAAAAGGGAGAAAAAUGGUUUUGUCCCUCGAUAAAACGAAUAAUAAAAGAAUUUUUUUUUUCAUUCGACACAUCUUACGAAUUGUACAUAAGUAAACUAAUUGGAAUUGACAGAUCCGUCAAAAGUUUUGUUUGUUGGAGACCAAUUGGGAUUUUGUCCGAAAAUAAUGUCGUUCAGUAAAAGUUCUACAGUGAAAAUUGUGUCAAAUUAUUUGAGAAGCUAUCGGCUUUUGGUUUCAUGUGUUUCUUGAAUGGUUUUCGUUCCGAAGCAGUUUCACCAAAGUAAAAUUUGAUUGAUUCGGUUCAGGAACAAAAGAAAAUUUAUUCAAUAGUUUUUUAUGGUGAUGCUGUAGCGAUUUGUUGGUGCAAAACAAAAUUUAAAACAAAACAAAAAAACAAAUCCGAGAGUUUUUCGCUCUUUCUUUUGCUCACAACACGAGACGAAAAUGAAAUAAGAAAAAAAAACGAAAGAAAAUUAAAAUGGAAUACACAUGAAUGAUUUAAAUUUCAAUUUUUUGCGGAUUCAGUAAGUUUUGAUUGGUGACUUGACUGUUAAGUUUUAUUUGAUUGACGUUUUAUGUUCUAUUCGAUUUGAGUGAAAUUUUUAUUCGUUUUUGUUCUUGUCAAAACAUAAAUUGUAUGUUUGCUGUUUUUUUCCCUCUGUCUCCUCUUGUUUAUGGAAUUACCGUUAAUCGAUUGACACUAUUAAUAAAAACGCACGAACAACAAACAGCAACGAACGCGUGACACUUAAAGUAUGGUAUGCAAUCCAAAAGCAAACGCAAAAACAAACUCGUCCAAAAAAAAAACACACACACAAAGGUAAUAGAACAUUUGGUAUGCUAAACCAUAUUUUGAUCUAACCUCAAAUGCAAGACAUUAAGAAAAUGGAGUGAAAAGGGAGGUAAUCAUCAAUAAAAGAAUUACAAUUUGUAAUUACUGGUGUACUGUGUUGUUUUCGACGCGACGUAUGCCAACGGGAUUCGGAUGAACCUCAACGGGUUUCGUCGAGCAUCGACGGGUUUUGAUGGCAACAGCAAUGAACAGCAACAAAUGAAGGAGGAGAGAAAUUCGUACAAAAUAUCGUACCUAUUGACACGUGUUACGAUGGCGUACGUUUUACACGAUGUAUAUGAUUGGUAUCGGGAUCUGAUGGAUAAUAAAAGUGAUCCACGGGUGAACGAUUGGCCGAUGAUGUCGUCACCUAUUCCAACGAUCGGUCUCUGCCUAUUUUAUGCAUAUUUCAACAAAAGCCUAAUGCCAAAAAUAAUGGCUAAUCGCAAGCCAUUCGACUUAAGGAACAUUUUAGUAGUUUAUAAUCUUUUUCAAACCGUAUUUAGUAUAUGGAUAUUCUAUGAAUAUCUUGCAAGCGGAUGGUGGGGUCAUUAUAGCUUUAAAUGUCAGCCUGUUGAUUACUCGAACAGUCCACUAGCCUUAAGGAUGGCGGCUACUUGUUGGUGGUAUUACAUAGCUAAAUUCACGGAAUUCUUUGACACAUUUUUCUUCAAUUUGCGAAAAAAGACUGAGCACGUUUCAACUUUACAUGUUAUUCAUCACGGUUGUAUGCCUUUCUCCGUGUGGCUUGGACUCAAAUUUGCACCAGGCGGUCACAGCACAUUCUUUGCCAUGUUAAACACUUUUGUGCAUAUUGUUAUGUACUUCUACUAUAUGAUUGCCGCCAUGGGACCAAAAUACCAAAAGUACAUUUGGUGGAAGAAGUACUUGACCGCAUUCCAAAUGGUGCAAUUUGUGGCGAUUUUCAUUCAUCAAUUCCAGCUGUUGUUCAGAGAAUGCGACUAUCCAAAAGGAUUCAUGAUCUGGAUCGGUUUGCAUGGUGCAAUGUUCUUGUUCUUAUUCUCUGACUUCUACAAAACCAAAUAUACAUCGAAACCCGAAAAAGCAUCACUCAAAAAUGGCAAAAGCAACGGCACUGCCAACGGCCAUUACACCAACAACAAAAACGGUAAAGAGACGACCAUUGCCAAUGGAUAUAGUCAAUUGGCAAACGGAUCAAAUCCCAACAAUGGCAAUGGCAUCAAGAAUGGCGUUAGCGAGAAUGGUCAAAGCUAUUUACGUAAUCGACAAACGGCUGUUAAAUAAAUACAAUCUGUCUACAAAAAUGAAUUUGCAUAAAUAUUUAAUUGAUAGUGAAAUAUUUUUUUUUUCUUUUCUCUUUCGAAGCAAUUGUUCAGUCUUGUAGCAACAUGAUAAUAACUUUUUUUUUGGAAAAUUUUUACCGAAAGAAAAAAGAACAACAACGAAUUCAAAUAUUUUAAUUCAUGUUGAAAGAAAAAAAACUUGAAUAAAAAAAGUGAAGAAAAAAAAUUCUAAUUACAAAACAUCUAAUUCAACUCAAGAAAUGAAGAGCUUACCUAAACAAAACAACUGGCAAAUUACACUGGAGGAUUUUUUUUUAUUAGCUGAAUGUGUCUUGUCAUUCAAGCAGCAUUUAUUUUGUAAAUCGGAAUGCGCAACUAUGUGCAGACGUUUAUACUUUUUUACAAUUCUUGAAACACAUUUAUGCGAAACAAUGAAUCCACACAAUCAUUUCGGGAAAUAAUCACAUAUUAUACGCAUUGGCAUUGUACAGAUUUAUUUAAAACAAAAUGACAAAUUUUAUAAUUCGUCUGCUGUGUAGUAAAGCUCUAGCAACAACCGCAGAAGAAGAAGAAGCAAAAAACAUCAACAUGAAAUAUUAUUAAGUAGCAUAAAUUGCAAAUUCAAAUCUAAUAUUUAACAAUGUAAAAGAAAAUCUAUUAAUUUAUUUAAAGAAGAGAAAAAACGAGAAAAAGAGAGAAACAUAAACAAACACACACAUAAAAAAUGUAAUAAUACUUUAGGGAUGACAAUGAAUAUAAAUACAGCCUCUUUAGUUUUAUUUACUGUAAAAUAAAAACAACAACAACAACAAUGGAGUAAUAAAACAAGAUCAAAAAUCAAAUAUUAUGAAAUCCCAAAAUGAAAGAAGAAGAAAAUCUAUAUUUUUUAAAAAGAAAUUAUGUUUUAAAAUUACACAUAUAGGCUUAAUUUAUUUUACAACUAUUCAGAAUGGGUGUUUUUUGGUUAAAUCAAUCAAACAAACAAACAACAAAAAAUAUCGAUGGUUAAAAGUGAACAAUCACAGUGCAUUCACGCAUUCACACACA